AUGUGGGACCUCUUAUGUCGAAAUGUGGGACCUCUUGUGUUGAAAUGUGGGACCUCUUGUGUUGAAAUGUGGGACCUCUUGUGUCGAAAUGUGAGACCUCUUGUGUCGAAAUGUGGGACCUCUCGUGUCGAAAUGUGGGACCUCUCGUGUCGAAAUGUGGGACCUCUUGUGUCGAAAUGUGAGACCUCUUGUGUCGAAAUGUGGGACCUCUUGUGUCGAAAUGUGGGACCUCUUGUGUCGAAAGGUGGUGGGAGAUGUACAUUGAGCGUGCCAGUGCCUGUAUGUACAGUGCCAGUGCCUGUAUAUCCAGAGUGCCAGUGUCUGUAUCUGCAGAGUGCCUGUAUAUACCGAGUGCCAGUGCCUGUACAUCCAGAGUGCCAGUGCCUGUAUAUCCAGCGUGCCAGUGCCUGUAUAUACAGAGUGCCAGUGCCUGUAUCUCCAGAGUGCCUGUAUAUACAGAGUGCCAGUGCCUGUAUAUCCAGAGUGCCAGUGCCUGUAUAUCCAGAUUGCCAGUGCCUGUACAUCCAGAGUACCAGUGCCUGUAUAUCCAGAGUGCCAGUGCCUGUACAUCCAGAUUGCCAGUGCCUGUACAUCCAGAGUGCCAGUGCCUGUACAUCCAGAGUGCCAGUGCCUGUACAUCCAGAGUGCCAGUGCCUGUGCAUCCAGAGAGCCAGUGCCUGUACAUCCAGAGUGCCAGUGCCUGUACAUCCAGAUUGCCAGUGCCUGUACAUCCAGAGUGCCAGUGCCUGUAUAUCCAGAGUGCCAGUGCCUGUACAUCCAGAGUGCCAGUGCCUGUAUAUCCAGAGUGCCAGUGCCUGUACAUCCAGAGUGCCAGUGCCUGUAUAUCCAGAGUGCCAGUGCCUGUACAUCCAGAGUGCCAGUGCCUGUAUAUCCAGAGUGCCAGUGCCUGUACAUCCAGAGUGUCAGUGCCUGUACAUCCAGAGUGCCAGUGCCUGUAUAUCCAGAGUGCCAGUGCCUGUGCUAGGAUCACUAACACAGGUCCUGGGAUCACCAACACAGGUCCUGGGAUCACCAACACAGGUCCUGGGAUCACCAACACAGGUCCUGGGAUCACCAACACAGGUCCUGGGAUCACCAACACAGGUACUGGGAUCACCAACACAGGUCCUGGGAUCACCAACACAGGUCCUGGGAUCACCAACACAGGUCCUGGGAUCACCAACACAGGUGCUAGGAUCACUAACACAGGUCCUGGGAUCACCAACACAGGUCCUGGGAUCACCAACACAGGUCCUGGGAUCACCAACACAGGUGCUAGGAUCACCAACACAGGUACUAGGAUCACCAACACAGGUCCUGGGAUCACCAACACAGGUGCUAGGAUCACUAACACAGGUCCUGGGAUCACCAACACAGGUCCUGGGAUCACCAACACAGGUCCUGGGAUCACCAACACAGGUCCUAGGAUCACCAACACAGGUCCUGGGAUCACCAACACAGGUCCUGGGAUCACCAACACAGGUCCUGGGAUCACCAACACAGGUCCUAGGAUCACAAACACAGGUCCUGGGAUCAUCAACACAGGUCCUAGGAUCACCAACACAGGUCCUGGGAUCACCAACACAGGUCCUGGGAUCACCAACACAGGUCCUAGGAUCACUAACACAGGUACUGGGAUCACCAACACAGGUCCUAGGAUCACAAACACAGGUCCUGGGAUCACCAACACAGGUCCUAGGAUCACCAACACAGGUGCUAGGAUCACUAACACAGGUCCUGGGAUCACCAACACAGGUCCUGGGAUCACCAACACAGGUCCUGGGAUCACCAACACAGGUCCUAGGAUCACCAACACAGGUCCUGGAUCACCAACACUCAGGUCCUGGGAUCACCAACACAGGUCCUGGGAUCACCAACACUCAGGUCCUGGGAUCACCAACACAGGUCCUGGGAUCACCAACACAGGUCCUGGGAUCACCAACACAGGUGCUAGGAUCAACACAGGUGCUAGGAUCACCAACACAGGUGCUAGGAUCACCAACACAGGUCCUGGGAUCACCAACACAGGUGCUAGGAUCACCAACACAGGUCCUGGGAUCACCAACACAGGUCCUGGGAUCACCAACACAGGUCCUGGGAUCACCAACACAGGUCCUGGGAUCACCAACACAGGUCCUGGGAUCACCAACACAGGUCCUGGGAUCACCAACACAGGUACUGGGAUCACCAACACAGGUCCUGGGAUCACCAACACAGGUGCUAGGAUCACCAACACAGGUCCUGGGAUCACCAACACAGGUCCUGGGAUCACCAACACAGGUGCUAGGAUCACCAACACAGGUCCUGGGAUCACCAACACAGGUCCUGGGAUCACCAACACAGGUCCUGGGAUCACCAACACAGGUCCUGGGAUCACCAACACAGGUCCUAGGAUCACCAACACAGGUACUGGGAUCACCAACACAGGUCCUGGGAUCACCAACACAGGUCCUGGGAUCACCAACACAGGUACUGGGAUCACCAACACAGGUCCUAGGAUCACCAACACAGGUCCUGGGAUCACCAACACAGGUCCUGGGAUCACCAACACAGAUGACUGCAGGAAGUUGCAGGAGUCCCUUGACAGACUCCAGAAAGCGCAAAAAGCCUCGUGACAGCUUUAUGGACAACGACUGUAUUCCCAUUUUCCAUGCUAUUUCCGAGUCUUGGUUUCUUCAUGAUUUCCUGCCCGUUUUCUAUGGUAUUGAGGAACUGGGCGUAGCGGAGAGUAAACGACGGCGGCCGAGCGUUGUUGUUGAGUAUCCUGGAAGCGACGAGUCCCCUGGAGGUGUCGAGUCUCCUGGAAGCGACGAGUCUCCUGAAAGCGACGAGUCUCCUGGAAGCGACGAGUCUCCUGGAAGCGACGAGUCUCCUGGAAGCGACGAGUCUCCUGGAAGUGACGAGUCUCCUGGAAGCGACGAGUCUCCUGGAAGUGACGAGUCUCCUGGAAGUGACGAGUCUCCUGGAAGUGACGAGUCUCCUGGAAGCGACGAGUCUCCUGGAAGUGACGAGUCUCCUGGAAGCGACGAGUCUCCUGGAAGUGACGAGUCUCCUGGAAGUGACGAGUCUCCUGGAAGCGAUGAGUCUCCUGAAAGCAACGAGUCUCCUGGAAGCGACGAGUCUCCUGGAAGUGACGAGUCUCCUGGAAGUGACGAGUCUCCUGGAAGUGACGAGUCUCCUGGAAGCGACGAGUCUCCUGGAAGAAGUGACGAGUCUCCUGGAAGCGACGAGUCUCCUGGAAGCGACGAGUCUCCUGGAAGCGACGAGUCUCCUGGAAGCAACGAGUCUCCUGGAAGCGACGAGUCUCCUGGAAGCGACGAGUCCCCUGGAAGCGACGAGUCUCCUGGAAGCGACGAGUCUCCUGGAAGCGACGAGUCUCCUGGAAGCGACGAGUCUCCUGGAAGCGACGAGUCUCCUGGAAGCGACGAGUCUCCUGCAAGCGACGAGUCUCCUGGAAGCAACGAGUCUCCUGGAAGCGACGAGUCUCCUGGAAGCGACGAGUCCCCUGGAAGCGACGAGUCUCCUGGAAGCGACGAGUCUCCUGGAAGCGACGAGUCUCCUGGAAGCGACGAGUCUCCUGGAAGCGACGAGUCUCCUGCAAGCGACGAGUCUCCUGGAAGCGACGAGUCUCCUGCAAGUGACGAGUCUCCUGGAAGUGACGAGUCUCCUGGAAGCGACGAGUCUCCUGGAAGCGACGAGUCUCCUGGAAGCGACGAGUCUCCUGGAAGCGACGAGUCUCCUGGAAGCGACGAGUCUCCUGGAAGCGACGAGUCUCCUGGAAGCGACGAGUCUCCUGGAAGCGACGAGUCUCCUGGAAGCGACGAGUCUCCUGGAAGCGACGAGUCUCCUGGAAGCGACGAGUUUCCUGGAAGCGACGAGUCUCCUGGAAGCCACGAGUCUCCUGGAAGCGACGAGUCUCCUGGAAGCGACGUUUUUCCUGGAAGCGAGGAGUUUCCUGGAAGCGACGAGUCUCCUGGGUACGAGCUCUAUCCUUAUUCAAAAGGUUCAGUUGAACACAAUGAAACAGUCAAAGGUUUAGUGGAACACAAUGAAACAGUCAAAGAUUCAGUGGAACACAAUGAAACAGUCAAAGAUUCAGUGGAACACAAUGAAACAGUCAAAGAGUUCAGUGGAACACAAUGA